AUCAACCCAAGCAACCCCAAAUUCCCUCCAGUUUUCUAAACUUGUCUUCGCGUCUCACGCCUCUGAAAUUCAAUUCCCCAUUUACGAUCGCCACAAAGUCAGCAGGUAUUCCUUCUACUCUCCCUAACGCUGUUUGGUUGCUGAGAAAAUGCAAGGAAAACCAAAAUCCUUCGAUAGGAGAGAACGAAAUCCUGCGAUAGGAGAGAACGAAAUCCUUGGAAUUUUAGUUCUGUGAUACGAAAGCUUUGCUUCUGGUGCAAUGUUUCUGUGCAGUGGCAUUGCUGGGAGUUAGAAUUGAUGGAUGUGGACGGAGCGAGUACCUCAGCACUUCCAAUAAGACCCCUAGAGGUUCCAAUACAUGGAGACGAUAAAUUGUUUCAUCUGUUUAAACAGCAGAGACUCCCAGCUUGUAAACCUGUUCUAACACCAGCAUGGGUCAUCACUACGUAUCUAUUGAUUAGUGCCAUUUUCAUUCCUGUUGGACUUGUUACUGUUCAUACUUCGAGAAGUGUUGUUGAACUUGUGGACCGAUAUGAUAUUGAAUGUGUACCAGAUGCAUUUAAGAGCGAUAAGCUAGGAUAUAUCAAAGAUAGCUCAAUUCCCAAAAAUUGUUCUCGCUUCUUAAAGGUUUACAAACCCAUGAAAGCUCCAAUUUACAUCUACUAUCAGCUUGAUAACUACUAUCAGAACCAUCGAAGGUAUAUCAAAAGUAGAAAUGAUCAGCAGCUGUUGCAUGGACUAAAGUACAAUGACUCGGGUUCCUGUAAACCUGAACAGUCCAGUAAUGGUCUUCCAGUUGUCCCCUGUGGGUUGAUAGCAUGGAGUUUGUUUAAUGAUACAUAUAAACUUAUUCGUGGGAGAUCAGAAUUGAAGGUUAACAGGAAGAACAUAGCUUGGAAGAGUGACCGUGAUCACAAAUUUGGGAAACAUGUAUAUCCCUUCAAUUUCCAGAAUGGAACCUUGAUUGGUGGUGGAAGGCUAGAUCCAAGUAUUCCUCUGAGUGAUCAAGAAGAUCUUAUUGUAUGGAUGCGCAGUGCUGCUCUCCCUACCUUCCGGAAAUUGUAUGGUAGAAUCGAAGAGGAUUUGGAUGCAGAUGAUGUUAUAGUAGUCAAGGUGAUGAACAACUACAACACCUACAGUUUUGGCGGGAAAAAGAAGCUUGUUCUUUCAACAUCAAACAUGUUGGGAGGAAAGAAUGACUUCAUUGGGGCUGCGUACAUUGUUGUUGGUUCAUUUUGUUUAUUAAUCGCCAUUGUCUUCAUAUUUCUUCAUAUGAAAAGGCCUUAUGGGGAAACAAAUUUGUCUUGGAACAAGAAAGGCAUUUCUAGUUGAAAAGGUGAAGUUGAUACAGUAAUUUGUGUUAAUGAGAAGGUUCCAAUCAAUGUCAUAUGUCCAUGCGAUUUUUUAUUGAGUGAUAUGAAAUUGUAUAUGUGAAAUGAAUACACGUGCGAGCGUGCACACACACAUAAAAGAAAGUGGGUGGGGGGUUUCAGUUUUGUGAAAUAUCAAUACAAGUAUGAAUAUCUACUACUAGUUUCAUGGUGUGCAUAUUACUUGGACAGAUUGAUGAUUUGAUUCUUUAUUCAAAACUGGUUAUACAUUAUUACUUGAA